AACCCGGAUCUCACUUGGGGCGUCACUACAAUCAGAGCUCACUUGCACCACAACAGCGGAAAAGACCAUAGCCGGCGCACUGAGAAGUAGUUGUGUUGAACGAAGAUCCAUGUUAAUAUACAACCUAGAGAUGACAAACAACAUACUAUUAUUUUUUGUCUGUCUCUCUGGAGGAGUUAUUUGGGCGUGUACCUUCCAUCAUGACGUGAAGUAUGGAGGGAUAUUUGUAAACUGUUCCAACAACAACCUAUCCAAUGUACCAAAUGAUCUACCCCAAAAUACAACAUCGCUCAAUUUGAGUACCAAUCACAUUGCCGUGUUGCACAUUCAACCCAAUAGUUCCUUGAAUGCACUGAAAUACCUGGACGUCUCCAACAAUAAGUUAUCAAAGCUACAAAAUGGGACAUUUGAAAGCAUUAACAGCUUAGAGGAGCUAUUCUUGCAGAACAACAAUCUGAUGCUCGAUUCCACUACGUACCCAGAUGAUGUCUUCCUUCCUCUGCAGAAACUUCAGAAGCUCCAUCUGCACAACAAUGAUCGAAAGUCGGAGGGUAGCUAUCCAGAAACUGCUUUCGGUAAACUCAGGAGUGUUGUUGAAUUGAAAAUUGACACAUAUGAAACCUCCACCUUUGGAUCUGGAUUUGCCAACAUGACCAGUCUCAAAAGGCUUCUUUUGGGGUUUAAUGGUUGCAAGAUUUCGAGAGUGUUGAACCAAACGUUGCGUUCUUUUAAACAUAUCCCAAUUGAAGACCUUGAUCUUAGUAGUUGCCCAUUAGCAGCUUUAGAUAAAAUGUCUUUUGUUUAUUUGAAAAGCCUGAAGGAUUUGAAUCUUUCUCAAAGUAAAUACGUGAGCCCAGUAGAGGCUGUUACAUCUAUGUAUGGUUUAAAUGGGUUAAAUCUGACAAGUAUUUUAUUUGAUGAAAUGUACAACUUCCUUAACUUUCAGUAUGGUAGUAUUGAACUAAGAACUCUUACAAAAGAAGUGCUGGAUAAUUUACAAGGUGUAUGCGUUGAGCAGAUGUCCAUGAAAAAAAACAAAAUAGCAUGGAUUGAUUCUUCUAUCCUAAAACCCAAUUCACGUUUCUCAAACUGCAUUGUACAUAUUGACCUGUCUGAUAAUGAUUUUCUGGGAGACAGGCAUAUUUUAUUCCAACUUGUCUUUGCGCCUCAAUUAGUGUUUGUGAAUAUUACAAAUCACUUGAGAAGAAACGAGUUCUUCUCAUCAAUGCCUCAACACAACUCCUUAUUGUCAGUACCAACAUUCAAGUUCACUUUUCCCCCCAAACUAAAGUACUUUUAUAUCCAUGGCACGCUGAGUGACAUGGGCUACAUAAACGGUAACAUUGAAAUUAAAAAUGCUGUAUCGCUCCAAAGUGUGAACCUUGCAUUUAACGGAUGGUAUGCCUUCCAAUAUAAUAUAUAUGGUUUGGAGAACCUCACUGAUUUAGACAUCUCUGGAAACUACUUUACCAACAUGAAUCCUGGUUUCUUGAAAUCUUUUCCAGGCCUAAGAACUCUCACGAUGUCUCAGAUUGGCUUUAGCAAAUACUUUCUUCUUCAUCAGGGACGUCAGAUGUUUUUGCCAUUACGUAAAUUAGAAAAUAUUAUUCUUAGUCGCAAUGAUUUAGCAGUCAUGGAUCCUAAGAUAUUUUCUGUAAAUCAACUGACUGCUAUUGAUUUAUCCUUUAACCGUUUUGAAAGUAUUCCCUUUGACAUCACAACAACUCCGUCUCUGCAACAUCUUGACCUCAGAUACAACUCACUGCCUGUGUUAUCAGAGUUAGAGAGGACCCUGUUUGAUUCCCUAGCAGCAACAAAUAACUUCACGUUGAACCUUGACAACAACCUUCUGGCCUGCGGAUGUGAGAAUUUAGGCUUUGUAUUGUGGCUGUUCCACACAGAUGUGAAACUUGAAAACAGAGAUGCUUAUACCUGUGUAUCUGACAGUGGCCAUAUUACACGCCCAUCCUAUAUUUAUGAUCAUUAUGAUGAAAUAUGGAGAAAAUGUUCCGGACCGAUUUGGCUGUCACUAUCUGUUUCUGCCUUUGCACUGAUUAUAUUAUUCAUGAUUCUAAUCUAUUUGAUAAACCAGAGAAAGACAUUACUCCUAAACAUCAUUUACCGGUUGUUUGGGUUGGUAAAUGUUGCCAAACCGCCAAAGCGUACUGACUUUCCUAACGAUGCCUACAUCGGCUACAGUGACUGCGAUUAUCAGUACAUCUGUCACACUAUGAGAGAGCACCUGGAAGACAGACAUGGAGUCAAACUCUUCCUGAAGGACAGAGACAGCAUCCCAGGAGGACAAAUAGCUGACGACAUCAUCAACGGAAUAGAUUCCAGUUGGAAAACGCUCCUAAUUCUAAGCAGAUCAUUUCUGGAAGAUCAAUGGUGUAGUUUUACUGUUAAUCGUGUUGUAUAUUCUUCCUCUAUACUACCUGCAGGAAGUGUCGUUCUUCUGCUGUAUGAGGACGUGAGACAAGGGGACAUCUCCCCGGCCCUGCUGAAUGUUGUGGAGGAGAGACACAUCUUCUGUGUAAAGAAGUACAUGGACGAUCAGCGGAGACUCUGGAGAGACGUUAGUCAGUGCAUCAUGACUAAAUCGGAAUUAUAAAGAAAAUGAUGAAAAUUGCUGAUCUGUGGAGAUAACAUGUUCCUUGUACAUACGACCUGAUACUAGCAUGCAUUCGUUUCGGGGGUUGUUUACAUGGUCAACACUAUUAAACAACACAACAUUACUGACACCUAUGAACUGUUGUACCAAAUGUGGUGACCCACUGUAUGGGUUGUUAUUGUUCUUUAAGCUAUGUUGAGUAUACAAUUGAUGCUAUACACUGCAUUCUUCCUCCAUCCCACUCAGCAUAUACCUAGUGAGAGACAACAUAUACCUAGUGAGAUACAGCUCAACAUCUCUUGGCUUAUUCAACGACAUUGCGUGAGAUGAUAGAUCACUGAGAGGAGCUUAUGCACACUCAAUGGCCGCAGCAACCCCGUUGCUAGGCUGACAUCACAUGGCAUUGUUUCGCCGGUGGAUCUUGCAACAAAAUUCCACAAAUCACGUCAUUGAGUAUUGUGACGUGAUUGAAAACAUUUUGGUGCAUGUUCCCGUUCCACAAGGCGAUCGUACUGUAGCAAAACGACAGUCGUAAGUUUCUGUUAAAGCAUGUGAGUUACGAUAAUCUUAGGGCUACGAUAACUUUGCUGAACGGACGCCUGAAUUCUAAAGGUGGACCGUUGUAUGGUUUCAAAUUAAUAUGUGUCAACGUUUGACGUGUUUGAUGUAUUGUUCUUUUAAACACAAUUGGAUUACGUUGAAAAUCGUGUAGGUGUUUUCCUAUUCAUACAGGAAUUCAUUCAUUUCGCUCGUCAAAUACCACAACUAUUCACUGUUUCAUAAAACUGGUAUCACACGGGAGCUCGUUUAAUUCGUAUUCAAUAUUUCUGUCACAAUAUGACCUCCCAUAUCCAGUAUAUCAGAGGCCAAAUGAAUUCUCCACAUGGGUACUACGUGUGAAGACCAUUUCUAGUGUCCCCCGCCCUGCUAUUGCUGGAAUAUAGCUGCGAGAAACCAUACUCACGCACUCACUCAGAAUAGGAAAUGGAAUCGGUCCCUCUGAAUAAUAAUGGGAGUUUAGCAUGCUGAAUCCUAUUAAAUCUUUUUCUGAACCAGAGUGCCAUAUGUGGCUAUACCUGAUACUGUGCUGAAGUGUGUCUACUUGGGUAGCCAGUUGUUCCUAUUCUCACCGAAAUAUGUCAUAGCCAGAAAACAUUGGUGGCUCACAUCGUUAUACUGUCAUCAUUUCAGUAUUUUACAACGUCCUGUAAACUUGUGAAACUAUAAAUUUAUGAAAAAAAAUUGUUUUGUAUAAUAAGUUUUACUUCUUUUUCCGACUCAAUAAACCUUCAUUUCAGGAGUCAUAUUUUAGUUGAACCUUCGGAUAUUCUAUGCUGUCUAUGUUGACAUGCAAGCAGCUAUUUAUUUAAACUGUAAAAACUAAACUGUAACUAAUAGAGCGUCUGUCGGUGUUCGAUCCCUUGGCUGCGUCAUACAAAAAGACAUUAAAUCGUGGUACUUGUUGAUACCCUGCCUGGCGCUAAAUAAAGACGUGUCGGCUCGGAAUUAGUACAAUGUGUCUAAGUUGGGUAUCCAGGUUAAACUGUAACUAAUAGAGCGUCUGUCGGUGUUCGGCACGCCAGAAACCUAUGAUUGUGGGUUCGAAUCCCGGUUCGCCCCGAUUAUGUUUCUAGGUUUGUCAGCACUAUACCCGUGC